AACCUGGGCUCGGGCAUACUGCAAUAACUGUGGGGUUGCUUGCAAACAGCUGCCUCGUCGUCGGCACACAGCACCGACCACCGUACACUGCUGACAGAAAUGUCAGAGACAUCAAGUGAUGCAGAGUCGUCCUGUGGCUGGACCAUCAUCAGUAAUGAGGGUUCAGAUAUCGAGACUUUGGGAUCAGAGGCUGCAGUGGAAUUUGCAGCUGAGCUGUUAGAGCGCCCCCCAGUGGAUGAACCAGUCCUGCAGGAUGCACAGGCCUCAGCAUCUGCUGUGUGUGUUGAAGAGAGAGCUGCUGAUUCACUUGACGACACUCUGGGAGAACAAACCAUAGUUGAGACACUGUAUGCUUCAGAGGCUGGAGGCAAUGCAAAAGGGAAAGAGCACGUGUUGUCCUCCAGCGAUCACUCCGACAUCGUGACUCUGGGAGACUUGAAGGAUGAGGAGCACACAGAGAGGGAAGGAGAGGCAGUCGCCAACGAGGAGUUUUAUCUCGGCACCUCCUGCAGCAGCCAGUACGCCUUCACCGCCGCAGAGACUGGUUUGUUGUUGAGUCACUGGAAGCUUCCACAGAGUCUGGUGAACUUAAGCUACCAUCUGAGAAGUCACCUCACUGGAGGCUCUUUUCCAGUUUUUCCAGCGCAGCAGCCCCGGGAGACAAACUCAAGCAGCAGCGAGGACGAGGCUGGACGAAGCGCCAGCACUGUUGUACGAAGACGAAGGUUGAGGAAGAACACCACUAGUGUCACGACCGACCCGGAGGAGGAGGAGGCAGUGCUGGAAUCACGCCCAAGUGAGGAGGAAAAGGAGGAGGAGGAGGAUGAAGAAGAGAAUCAGCAGGAGCAGGAGGAGGAGGAGGAAGAGGAGGAGGAGUGGACUGAAGUUGGACCGACUGCUGCUCUGAAUGUCAGAGCUCAAGGCCAAGGCAGCAGCGUCCUCAACAAAUGUGUCCUGCUCGCCCUCAUUAUAGCCGUCAGCAUGGGCUUUGGUCACUUCUACGGUACAGUCCAGAUUCAAGAAAGACAAAAAACGGUAGAGAAAGUCCGAGUGUAUGAGCUGGAUAGAGUCAGAGAUCUGCUUCAGCGGCAUGCGAGAGAACAGCUUUUUACAUACCAGGAGCAGGGAGGUGACUUUGACUUAGAUGAACUGGAUGCUCAGAAAGUUAUUUCAUUGCUCACAGAGGUGAUUGAGAACAUAGAGAGUAAGAAUGACGAACUCAAUGUAGAACAGAGACUCAUGCAGGCCCAGAGAGACGGACUGGAGAUGUUCCUGAAACAGAAGACUGAGGAGAGCACUAACAUUGUGUCUCAGCAGCGGAGGUUGACGGCUGAAAACCAGCGGCUGAAAAGCUCCCUGGAACAGGAAGAAAGGUCUUUAUCCACCUUACAGGAAGAGCUGAGAAACCUGCGCUCUAAGAUCAGAGAUCUGGAGGCGAUGGGAGCCGGAGCCGAUUCACUCCUGUCAGAAAACCAGAGGCUGAAAGACCAGCUGGAGGAGGAGAAGCAGCUGCUGAGAAGCUUUCACGGCCAGAGAGAAGACAUGAUCGCUGAAGCACAGACGCUGAGAAAGAAGCUCGACAGAGAGAGGAAGGUCACAGAUGAGCUGAGGAGAGAGCUGAAUCGUCUGAGAAGUCGCAUCCCCGGAGCUGGAAAGGAAGACGGCUUGGAGGCGGACGAGCUGCAGUCACGUCUGAUGGAGCUGGAGAAGAGGCUGAGCUUCGAGCAGCAGCGAUCCGACCUGUGGGAGAGGCUGUAUGUGGAAACCAAAGAGGAAAGAGCCAAAGGAGACACAGAGUCCAAAGUGAAAAAACCAAAAGAAGGCAUGGCAGGAAAAGUGAAAGAGACAUUUGAUGCUGUGAAGAACUCUACCAAGGAGUUUGUCCACCACCACAAAGAGCAGAUUAAGAAAGCCAAGGAGGCAGUGAAGGAGAACCUGAGGAAGUUUUCUGAUUCUGUCAAAUCCACUUUCCGACACUUCAAGGAUUCAGCAUCGACCUUCAUCAACAAAGCCCGAGGUUUUUACAACAAGAGAUGUGAUGAGAAAUACACAAAAGAGUCGUGGCAGCACAGACCCCACAAACAUCAUCACAGACGCAAAUCUGACUCCUUCGAGAGCAACUGCAACACGCGAAAAUCAGGACGUAAAGUCCAUGAAGACCGAGGACAAAGCAGCCACAAAGCCAACAUGAAGGGCUGCUCCGGGGUGUUCGACUGCGCCUACCAGGAGUCCAUGAGUCUCUUCAACAAAGCCAUGGAGCCAAUCAGAGCUGACGAAUUUUACCUCCUGCUGCAGAGCUACCUGCAGCAGGAAGUCGACCACUUCCACCACUGGAAGGAGCUCGAGAUGUUCAUCAACGACUUCUUCCGCAACGGAGUGUUCAUCCACGAUCAGAUGCUGUUCACAGACUUUGUAAGCGGUGUUGAAAACUAUCUGGCUGACAUGCACGAGUAUCACGGCCUUAACGAUGACGUGUUCGGAGAUCUUGACGACUACGUCUACAGGCACUUCUUCGGAGAAGCGUACACAAAAAGUUAUGGCCCAAGCGGGCCGUUCGAAAGACCCGACACAGACUCAAAGGAGGAGCUGAGGGCGAAGCAUCAACAGCGUAAACAGCAGAGAGCCCGAUCUCGAGCACAGAGCGAGCGCAAGUGGAGCAGAUCAGGUAGAAACGCAGACAGACACAUGGCCGACGUCAAAAUAGAAUUGGGCCCGAUGCCGUUUGACCCCAAGUACUGAAAAUAUCUCCGCUAGUUUCAUAUGAUAGUGGCAAAUGUUUGGGUUGUAUUUAGAUGCAAAGUCUCCCUCUUGUUUUUUUUUUGUUUUUUGUAAGUUUGCACAAUGUUACGUUUUUAAUGCUACUGAAUGUCCUUGAGCUGUUUGGUUUUAGCAACGUUACCGUUAUUAGGUUCGAAUGGAAGAUGUGGCAUGUCUUAUGUCGGCUGCACGUUUGCAACACGAGAGGUUUGAGUUCAGUUCACGAGUCUUAAACUUAAACAUUCUUUAACUUUUGGCUUCUAAAUGAUGGACCUGAUGAAGAUUUCCAGCUGAAACGGCAUCAAUAUUUGUUUUCAACCACGUGAAUUGUGUUUUAAAAAAAUGUUAAGCAGAAAAUGUUAUUUGGGAGCCCGACUACUGUGCCAUGUAAAACCGAAAAAAAACCCCAAAACGAUGCAAAGACAUGCCACAUAUAGGGUGUUUCCCUGUACAGUUGCAUUGUUUUAAUUUGCUGCUACAAAGACAGGUUUGUGUGACGUGGCUGUAGUUUGCUUUUAGACUUUAAAUGCUAUUUUAACAUUCCACCUCGAGCUUGUUUAACUGGACCUAGCAGUUUGAUUUCACUCUCACAUGACUGGAAAGAAAAGCCUGGAAAUCAAUUGUGGAUAAAGAUGUGUGUUUGAUUUGACCGGUGAAAUUAAGAAAAAUGACAGCAGUUUAGUUUAAAAUAUUUAUUUCAGUAGCAAAUCCAUAUCAUAGGACAUUUUCCUUCAGGAACUGAAGUUGCCAUUGUUCCAGUGUUUGUCAGUGCCUUUCAUAAAUAAAGAUGCUUCCUCCAACUCUUC